AUGGAGGACAAGGUCGUGUAUAUAGGGACGCACGUGGACCACGCCACCUGCAACAUGGACCCGCUCGUCCUUGGAGUUGGCGGCCAGGGCAGUCGAGCUGACUGGCCCGCGUCCGUGAAAGCUGCGCAGGAAGGCGACAAUCAGGCUCUGCAAAGGCUGCCUGCCCACGACCUCCGGGCGGCGCUGCACGCGCGCACGCCGCGGGGGCAGUCGGCUCUGCACGUGGCUGCCGCCUUUGGUCGCGGCAGCUUUGUCAAAGCGCUGCUGGCUCGGCGAGCAAACCCCAAGCAGAGAGACACGGCAGGUCUGACCGCGCUGCAUGCUGCCUCGGACGCCGGCCAAGCCGACACGGCCCAGCUGCUCCUGGACGCACGAGCUGAUGCCCUUGCGCGAGACCGUCAGGGCAAGCAGCCGCUACACAAGGCGGCAGCUUCGGGCCACGCAGCCCUUGUCUCCCUGCUUCUGCGCCACGGCAACGCCACGGCGCCCUCCAAGACACAGGAGCAGGCUUUGCACCUGGCGGCAGGACACUGCAGGCUCGUCCGGCUCUUACUUGCCGCCCGCGCAGAUCCGUCCAACGGAGACCGGGAGGGCGUGCAGCCCCUGCACUGGGCUGCUGCCUCUGGGAGCCACUGUUCCAUCCACCAGCUCUUGAACGCGCGGGCAUCCCUGAAAUCAGCAGAUGCGGUUCAUGGCGGUCAAGCCGUGCACUGGGCGGCGGCGAAUGGCCACCGUCAGCUUCUGGCGCAGCUCCUCGAGCUUCGUGCGACGCCUUGGGACCGCGAUGCCCAGGGGAGCGGGCCGUUUCACUGGGCUGCGGCCAAUGGGCAGGCAGAGGUUGCGGAGUAUCUGAGGCAUUUCAUGCUGGCCGGGAUGUAG